ACACGCGGCGCGACGCUUUGAGGAGGAGAGCGAGGAGGCGGGCCCGGCUCCCGCGCGGGGGCGCUGUCACCUGUCCGGGGGAGGAGCCACCAAGCCGCUCGUUGGGCGCCGCUCGCAGGCUUCGGAGUCUGGAGCUCGGUUCCCUACCAUGAAGGGCGCCAGAGGCAUCGAUAACCCGGCUUUCGUCCCCUCCAGCCCAGACACCCCGCGCCGCUCGUCCGCCUCACCCUCCCAGGUCGAGGUCUCCCACGCCCCGACCGAAGACGCACAGCCCCCGAAGCCGCCGGAGCCGCCGCCGCCGCCGCCCGCUGAGCCCGAGUCCCUCGCUCCGUCUCAGUUCAAGGAGGGGCCUUUCGGGUGGGGGCGCUUCACCCCGCGUAGCCUGAGGCCCUGCAACACGCCCGCCGGCUUCCUGCUGCACUACUGCGUCCUGGCCGUCACGCAAGGUAUUGUAGUAAAUGGCCUAGUAAAUAUUAGCAUUUCCACUAUUGAGAAGCGCUAUGAAAUAAAGAGCUCCCUGACUGGCCUGAUAUCAUCGAGCUAUGAUAUCUCAUUCUGUUUGCUGUCUUUAUUUGUAUCAUUCUAUGGUGAAGGAGGACACAAACCAAGAUGGUUGGCAUUUGCAUCCUUUAUGAUAGGACUGGGAGCACUUGUGUUUUCGUUACCACAAUUUUUCAGUGGACAAUAUCAGCUGGGGUCCAUUUUUGAAGGUACUUGCUUGGCAAGAAAUAGCACCAGCUGUGCCCCUUCAAGAUCAUUGCUUUCCAACUACCUGUAUGUCUUCAUCCUGGGCCAGCUAUUGCUGGGGGUCGGGGGAACCCCUCUCUACACCCUGGGCACGGCCUUCAUUGAUGAGUCUGUACCCACACACAAAGCUUCUCUCUACAUCGGAAUUGGCUACUCUAUGUCGCUCUUGGGCCCUGCCAUUGGCUAUGUUUUGGGAGGACAACUGUUAAACAUAUACAUUGAUUUUGCUAUAGGACAGAGCAUUGAUGUCACUAAAGAUGACCCUCGAUGGCUGGGGGCUUGGUGGAUUGGAUUUCUUGUAUCCUGGCUCUUUGCUUGGUCUUUGAUAAUACCUUUCUCUUGUUUUCCCAAACAUUUGCCAGGUACAGCAAAAGUUCAAGCUGAGAAAACUUCCCAGACUCAUCAGUGUAAACGCAGUUCCUUAUCACGUGUAGAUCAGAAUUUUGGGCAAAAUAUUAAAGAUUUUCCAGUGGCUCUAAAGAAUUUGAUGAGGAACACUGUCUUUAUAUGUUUAAUUCUGUCAACUUCUUCUGAAGCCUUAAUUACUACUGGAUUUGCUACAUUUUUACCUAAAUUUAUAGAAAAUCAGUUUGGGCUGACAUCCAGCUUUGCAGCUACCAUUGGAGGAGCUGUUUUAAUUCCUGGAGCUGCUCUUGGUCAGAUUCUAGGUGGUGCCAUUGUUUCAAGAUACAAAAUGACGUGUAAAUAUGCCAUGAAGUUUGCUUUGGUCACUUCUGGAGUUGCACUUGUGCUGACUUUUUUACUUAUUUGUGCCAAAUGUGAAAAUGAGCCAUUUGCAGGUGUCUCUGAGUCAUAUAAUGGGACAGGAGAUCUUGGAAACUUGACAGCCCCUUGUAACGCCAACUGUAACUGUUUGCGAUCUUAUUAUUAUCCGCUUUGUGGAAGAGAUGGGGUCCAAUAUUUUUCUCCCUGCUUUGCGGGUUGCUUAAACUACGUUUCAAACAGUAAACCAAAGAGGUAUUACAACUGUUCCUGUAUUGAAAAGAAAGCAGAAAUAACAUCUACAGAAAGUGUGAGCUUCGAAGCAAAAGCAGGAAAAUGUGAAACUCACUGCACAAAUUUGCCUGUCUUCCUUGGCAUGUUUUUUGUUACUGUGAUCUUCACCUUUAUGGCUGGUACUCCUAUAACUGUGUCCAUACUGAGAUGUGUUGAUCAGAGGCAGCGGUCUCUAGCAUUGGGAACACAGUUUAUGUUGCUUCGGUUACUGGGUACCAUACCUGGACCGAUUAUAUUUGGUGCCACAAUCGACAGCACAUGUACUCUGUGGGAUAUUAAUGAAUGUGGAAUUAAAGGAGCUUGCUGGGUUUACGAUAACAUCAAGAUGGCCCAUAUGCUGGUAGCCAUAAGUGUUACUUGUAAAAUUAUCACAAUUUUCUUCAAUGGACUUGCAGUCUUUUUGUACAAACCACCUCCACCAGGCACUGAGGUGUCAUUUCAAAAUCAGAAUGCAGAUGUGACUGCUGUCUCAAUAGAACAAGCUCUCAACAAAGGAGUGAAUGAUGGGUGAAAGAAGAAGGUGUCUUAUAGCUGGAAAAUCAGUCUUCAUUUUGGAGAAGAUAGUACCAUUACAGCAUUAUCUGCCCAAUAAGGACACCAUUUUAACAGCUGAUGUUUUUCUUAAUUGAGUGUGUUUGUUGCAUGUGUGUGCACUGUUGAUUUGUUUCAAAGCAAGAAUCAGACCUGUGCCUUCAAGGUCCACUGAAGCUUCAAAUCACAUAUGCUCACUUUUUUCCACACUCUAGGUAUGCAAUCACCAACCAAUAACAAGAAAGCCAGCCAGCGGUUAGUUAAAUGUUUACAUUUUAAAAACAUGGUGAGAAAAAAAUUCCAAAGAAGCAGUGUUUUCUUUUUUACAAUUUGUUAUUUUUUAAUUUUCAUUGUCAAUAGUUUGAGUUUAUUUGAAAAUGAAUCGUGCAAAAUUAAACUCAUCAAAUUUAUGCAAUGUUCUAUGAGGAUUAUUAUAGGAAGCUCAUGAGUUUAAAGGCAGCUUUAUAAAAUAGUUUCUUUUUAAUUUAUGUGUAUUAUUUUGAACUUUAUUUAACACAGUAAAUUAUCGAACUGUUAGAAUAUUGGUUUCUUAUCUUGUGUUCCAGUAUAUGGUGAAUACAGAAAUACCAGCUUUGAAUACACCUGUUUUCACUUUAACUUAAAAAUUCCAGGAGGUAAUUUGUUGAGUUUUUAACACUUAAUUGUUAUGAUCCUGUGAUAGUAUUAUUCAGUUGCAUAUAUUGCAGAGGAUAGAACCUGCUUCACUAAUAAAAAGUGCCAAUGAUCUGUGAAAAGAGGGCUGGCAGGAUAGAGCUCAGUGAUGGAGCUCAGUUUAUAACUUUGUUUAUUCAGGUCAGAUUUACAUCACAUUAACUCAGAAUACGGAGGGAAUCGCAGUGAACAUCCUCAAAAAUAACUUUUACUAUGGUUAAGAAUUUCCCUGAUUGAGAACAGUGUUGAAGGGCUAGGGGUGUUGCUCAGUAGUAAAGCACGACCUCCCUAUUGUGCUUGAGGCUCUGACUUCCUAAACCUGAGCCAGGGAAAAGCAGUUUGAAAUUUAAUCCCAGAAGUGAUUACAUUUGAAUGUUUUUCCAAACUAAAGACUUGGUAGGUUUCCCCUAUCAGUCUUCUCUUAAGUUAGUUUUUUACGGGCAAGUGUUCUUGUUAUACUGUGAUCAGGAUACUGCAAACUGAGAGUAAAGACCUAGUAGAAAGUCAACAUGAGAAGCUGUAGAAGUUGGCAGGAUGUCACUGAUUUUUGGCAACAGUCUGUGGGCAAGGAUCAUUCAAGAACCUAGUAGCAGUACAGACUGAGAUUCAAGAAGAGGUAAGUUAGGAGUCAGACAAGCAAGUUGAAUAUCCUGAGAGAGGACCAGUGGGUCAGUAAUCAGAGGGACAGAUCUACUUAACUAGGAACAUUUAAACAAGCAUCAAAGUAAGAAGGCUGCCAAAAAUUUAAAAAUUUUGUUCUUGGAAACAAAAUCUCAGCAACCAAAGGGAUAUGCAAGAUAGAGGAAUACAUGACGGUAUCUCAGUUGGGUAUCUCCCUCCACUCAGCAAGACACGUUUUAAAUGUUUCCACGUGGUGGGGCCAAGACUAAGGGACUUCCUGUGUUUUCUAAUUGGAAGCAAGUGAUUCAGUGGGAGAAUUUCUUAGCUGUAAAAGAAUGGCAAAUUCUAAGAACCUCCCUGAAAGAAAUGUGAAAUGAAAAUAAAGCAAACAGAAUAACUAUACAAAUACUUUAGACCAGAGCCACUUAAUUUUAGAAAAAGAGAGAAAAAAAAGAUAACUCCACAGAGAGAAAUAGUUUGAUGAGUUAAUAAUAAGUAAAUAACUUUCAUAAAGAUUGUUAGUUAUCAAGGGCUACCCUGCGUUAAAUGUAUUGUUUUAUAAGAUGAUAUAUUUUUACAAACUUUUAAUGAAAGUGGUUGCAAUAGAACAGUCAUUUUCCCAUUCAAAAGGAAUCUGACUCCUCUUUAUACUAUACAUCUAUGGAAAGAAUACCUCAUUUCAUGAUAGGGUGAUACAGACACUAUUAUAAUUUAUGACCCUUGUUUUUUGCUUUGGAAUUCACGUAGGUCGGUGGUGGCAAACCUGUUGCAUUUGUGUCACAGUGGGCUGUUUGUUGUCAUUGAAAGCUCUAAAAGCUUUGCCGUCACCGACCUAGGUUGUAUGUGUUGGUAUGCUACUUCUAGAAAAAUUUUUCACAAGUUAUGUUUUUCAUAAUUUAUAAUGAUUGUAUUCAAAAAGUUUGAACUCACAAGUUGACCUAUUAUGAUUUUGUAUAUAAUUGGAUAUAUUACCUUAGAACUUAAGCGUUUUGACUUCCUACAGCAGAAAAUACAUGGAAAGAACUGUAUGCAUUUUACUAUGUAAAUUGGAAGAAAAUAUAAAUAAAAGUUUAGAAUGUUCAGAUUUCUCUUUAUUGUAAAUGACUUUGCCAUAUAUGUCUUUUAUUAAAUCAAAGUAUUUACAUUAGAGCAAGUGACUUUAUUAAACGACACAGAUUUUGAAAUUUGAUUAAUCUCAGUUUGAAUAUAAGCACACUUAUUAAUGGGAAAAGGAAAUUGUACUUUGGAAGUCAAAUGUAAUUAAUGAUUUUGAGUAUCUCAAUAAAUAUGUUUCAUUAACUAUAAAUUACACUCAUUAUGAAAUAUGUAUUGGGAAAUUUCUCUCAAUAAUAGUUUCCUUGUAUAACAAAUUGAACAUCUGAGAUUUGUAUGAGUAACCAUAUGUUACAAAUGGCAUAUUAUAAAACAUCUGAUAUUUACAGAAGUAAUGUAGUUUUGGAAGGAAUGUGUUUAGUUCAUCUCAGUUUAUCAAAGUGCUUGGCACAGAACUUGUAAAUCAUAUUGGUUACUAAUGUUCUUUAUCCUCUCUGUAUCCACACUAGGUUCCCACAUUAAAUUUGUUUUUUAUGA